UAACUUCUAGAAAAAUCGCCAGAAGUGACGAAAUUGAAAAUCUCAGAUUUCUCUUAAUCGGCGACGGAGUAACGAAACAAGGAGAAGAAGAAGAAGAAGAAAAUGACGACUCGAAUCGCUCCUGGUGUUGGAGCUAAUCUUCUCGGCCAACACUCCGCUGAGAGGAACCAAGACGCCACUGUUUACGUCGGUGGUCUCGAUGCUCAGCUUUCUGAAGAAUUGCUUUGGGAAUUGUUCGUUCAAGCUGGACCUGUUGUUAAUGUCUAUGUACCGAAAGAUAGAGUGACAAAUCUUCAUCAGAACUAUGGAUUCAUUGAAUAUCGUAGUGAGGAAGAUGCUGAUUAUGCGAUUAAGGUUCUUAACAUGAUUAAGCUCCACGGGAAGCCUAUACGUGUUAACAAGGCAUCUCAAGAUAAGAAGAGCCUGGAUGUUGGUGCUAACCUUUUCAUUGGAAACCUUGACCCUGAUGUGGAUGAGAAGCUCUUGUAUGAUACUUUCAGUGCAUUUGGUGUGAUUGCUUCUAAUCCUAAGAUAAUGAGAGAUCCCGAUACUGGAAACUCACGAGGUUUUGGUUUCAUCAGCUAUGACUCCUUUGAAGCAUCUGAUGCUGCUAUUGAGUCAAUGACUGGACAAUAUCUCAGUAAUCGUCAAAUCACAGUCUCUUACGCAUACAAGAAAGACACCAAAGGAGAGCGCCAUGGUACUCCAGCAGAGAGGCUUUUGGCAGCCACAAAUCCAACUGCCCAGAAAAGCAGACCCCAUACGCUAUUCGCAAUGGGCCCUCCAUCCAGUGCUCCUCAAGUUAAUGGUCUACCACGUCCGUUUGCUAACGGCAGCAUGCAACCUGUCCCGAUUCCCGCUCCCCGUCAACCACCACCACCUCCUCCACAAGUAUAUCAAACUCAGCCACCAUCCUGGCCAUCUCAGCCACAACAACACAGCAUGGUCCCACCACCCAUGCAAUUCCGUCCACCUCAGGGUAUGCCUCCGCCACCACCUCCUCAGUUUCUAAAUCACCAACAAGGUUUCGGUGGUCCGAGGCCGCCGCCACCACCUCAAGCCAUGGGAAUGCACCAACAUGGAGGAUGGCCACCGCAACACAUGCAGCAGCAAGGUGGACCACCACAACAACAACAACCACCAUACCAACACCAUCACAUGUCUAUGCCUCCACCACCACCACACCAAGGUUGAUAAUAAUCAUCGCCUCAGUUUCGGACCAAUUCAACUAUAUGUAAACCCUUUCUUUACUGGCAAGUAAUCCCGAGGAUUUUCCGUUUUAGAUUCAAUGAAACCUAAUAGGGAGAGAGAGAAAGAGAAAGAGAGAGGGUGAGAGAGAGAUCACAAUUAAUAUUCUAUAUUGUCUUGUCUGCAGAGAAUCUCUUAUCUUCGGUUUAGAGAGAGAGAGAGCGUAGAAAUUAGUGCCAAUGUGUGUCUGGUUUUUAGUGAUGUUAUUUCUUGUUUGUGUUGCAGAAUCUCUGAUGCCGUGUGCUUUAAUAUUUACCAAAACUGUGCUGUAAAAUCUCAAUAAUUUUACUUCUGACCUUUGAGGUUGCUUUUUACUCUAAACAAGAAAAAGACAGAGGAGUAAUCAGUGAUGGAACAGAGGUGGCUUGUUUUUCAAGUUAUGGACCCAUUCUCCAAACUUCAAUAGUCUCUCUGACCAUUUCAUCUUGUGAAUUCAGCUUCAGUCUUAAAAACCCUAAAAACACUGAAGAUAGAGAGAGACGCAUCUCUGUAUAUGUUUUGUUGUCUGAGAAAAGUAAAGGACAAAUAUUCAAUUUUAAU